AUGAAUACCAGACAACCACUAACUAAACCUCCCAGAUCAUCUUCACAUAAAAUAUUUUGGACAAGCGGGUGUGACGUUUACAUAAGAUUGUCACAACUUUACGGUUGUUUAUUACUACUACGUCGUAAAAGCUAUUCAUUUCGCAAUCCAAUGUCAUUAAUAACGAAAUCCAACUGUCUUCUGAACAAACCAUUCCAAACUGUACCAGCAGUUCACGAUGCUUCUCAGCUUCAGACCGCUUCUAUUCCACGGGUUCAAGAAUUCUAUCGUCGGCCAUUACCUCGUCAUUGCAUUUCUUUUAGUUCAUCUGAAGGAAAACGUAUUUUCCGCGAGGCCUUGUUAUCUGGACAUAUGGAAACUUAUUUUUGUCUGGCUUCUCAAUUUUGUACCCAGGAAGAACCUUCUUAUUGUGGACUAGCCAGUUUAGUUAUGGUUCUCAACGCUCUGGGACUAGAUCCUGGAAGAGUAUGGAAAAGCCCUUGGCGUUGGUACCAUGAAAGUAUGUUGACAUGUUGUUUGCCGCAUGAUGUACUUACGAAAGGAAUUACACUGGAUGAGUUUGUUAGGAUUGCUCGUUGUUAUGGUCUAGACGUGGACUUACAUCGUAUUUCUCAUGAUAGUUCACUUGCUCAUUUUCGAGAUGUAUUAGUCAAGAUGACUUCUGGGUCAUCGGAAGGCUAUCUUGUUGUCUGCUAUAGUCGCAGUGCUUUAGGUCAGACAGGUACAGGCCAUUUCGCCCCAAUCGGCGGUUACCAUCCUCAAAGAGAGCUUGUCUUCUUAUUUGAUACAGCUCGUUUCAAGUACCCACCUCAUUGGGUUUCUUUGACAAAAUUAUGGAGUAGCAUGAAUCAAGUGGAUCCUGAUACACAGUUACCACGAGGUUUUGUUGUCCUUCGGAAGGCUGCAGUGCCAGUUUCUACUGAACAGUUGACUAAAGCACAAGAAGAACUGCGUUCGAGUUUUAGCAUUGCUGCCAAUAACAACUGCCAAGAUCAGUUAGCCAGUGGAUCUCAUUUACACUUGUUUGAAAUUUCCGAUUGCGCUUACCAGGCUUAUUCAUCUCCAUCUACAUUGCUUGAUUCUCAUUCAGCUGGUUAUAAACUAAAAUCACUGGCGAAUCGUUGGAUCACCUGGUUAAAGUAUGAACUUGAUGAAUCAGAAAUGUUCAGAGAAAAUCCAACAAACUUUUGGCACGAAGUUCACUCAACCACUAACAUUCCAUCAUCAGGAACACAAUCAAGCAACAUGGUUGAUCCAAGUGUAAAGUUUCUUUCUCAUACUAUAUUACGUGAUCUUGUUGGAUCAUCAUUGGGUCGUAUAGUAUCAGGCUUUAUCUCAGAAAUGAAUCAGGAAGUCUUUACAUGGCUAACUACUGAUGGUACAUUUCGUCUGGCUAUCACACCAACUAAUUCAUGGGCUCAGUCCGUUGACACUUGUCCUUUCACAGUUUUAUCUGAUCCUGAACUAAGAUUGUGUUUAUUAGUCACCACUUUCUUGUUGGCUUUCCCAUAUAAUCAUUUUAUUUCUGAUCAUCUUUUUGAUAAUUCAGUAUCUUCGUCAUCUUCGUGUUUAUUACCGUCUUCUCCUGUAUCUCGACUUCAGAUUAUGAUUAAACUGGUAAAGGAUGUCGAAGUGUCGCCUUCGACUCGAACUGAGUUGCUUGUAUUGGAAAAUAUGCUAAGAUCUUUAAUGAAUACAAAUUGUAACUUAUCAUGUAUUCGUUGUAAAGAUCUGAAUUAG